AUGGCUAUGCAACUCCCGACUGUCAAUGGCGUGCCGGUGAUCAUGCCCCCACCGGAGGGCUAUGUGGUGGACUUUGAGAACCCAGCGCGCAACAGCGUGACAGAGGCCUACUGGCUCUUUGGAGUUGGUAACUUCUUGGCUCUGAUGUUCAUGAUGCAGCAUCUCUACACUAAGGCAUUCAUCAGAAGGAGGUUUCAGAUCGAAGAUGCCUCUCUGAUCAUUGCCUGGGGAUGCUCCAUCGCGCUGCAGUCCAUGAUCGUUCGAGACUUUAUGAGAGGAAUCAUGGGAACACACUCGUGGGAAAUGCCCGUCACCAAGUUCCUCCUGUUCCUCAGAGCGCUCUACCUCCUGCCGAUUCUGUACAACCCGGUUCAAUGUGGCGCCAAGCUGGCACUUUUGCUGCUCUAUCGAAGGCUAGCGCCACAAUUGUGGUACCAGAUUACCGUUUACGUCGUCAUGUUCAUCGUCGUCGGUUCAUCGUUCGCCAUCAUGUUCGCCGCCAUCUUCCCUUGCAACCCCGUCCAGUCAGCUUGGGACAUCAGCAUCCCCGGCGAGUGCAUCAACCGGCCCGCUCUGUACCAGGCCACGGCUAUCCUCGGUGCCAUCACCGAUCUGAUGGUGCUGGCGGUGCCAAUUCCCAUCGUUGUCAGGCUUCAUGUCCCCCUCAAGCACAAGAUCGCUCUGAUUGCUGCCUUUAGCGUCGGUGGAAUCACGUCUUUCACCUCCAUCAUGCGUCUCCACGCUUUGAUCGUCUCCAUGGGAGACAUUGACCAAUCCUGGGGCGGUGGCCCCGUUCUCCUCUGGAUUUUUGCCGAAGCCAACCUCUCCGUCAUCUGCGGCACCCUCCCCACCAUCAAGCCCUUCCUCAACCACUUCGUCCCCCGCCUCCUCGGCUCCUCCAACGCCCGCUCCGCCUACCCCGUCAACAGCGGCCUCUCCAAGUCCGGGGGCCCCCCCACCUUUGGCGGCGGCGGCGGCGGCAACCAGUCCCAAUCUCAAAAGCGCGACAAGUACCAGCGCUUCGACGACGACAUCAUGUACCCCCUCGAGACCGUCGUCGCCGUCGAGACGGGCGAUGAUUAUGCUUCCUCGGAGCCGAUCAGGAAGAGCGAGAGCGGGUCCGAGAAGGCGAUUAACCCUGGUGGUAUUGUGCAGACCAAGACUGCUACUAUCACUUACCAGAAUGCACAUGCCAGGUAG